AUGGCUGCGUUAGGCCUCGCUUCCUUGCUGGGCCGCGUCCCGGCUACAGCGUGGAGAGCGGCAAGAUCACCCCUUCGGUGUAAUUCUUUGAGGAAAGUAAGUUCUCAAAGAGGAAAACCUGAACCUAGCAAACAACCUCUUAAGAAGCCAAAGUUACCAGAAGGUCGUUUUGAUGCGCCGGAAGAUUCCAAUUUAGAGAAGGAACUCCUGACAAAAUUUCCAGAUGAUAUUAAUCCUGUUACAAAAGAGAAAGGUGGACCCAGAGACCCAGAACCUACCCGAUAUGGAGAUUGGGAACGAAAAGGACGCUGUAUUGAUUUUUAA